GUCUUUAAUUUAACGAAAUUAUCUAGGUUUUCAGAAGUCAUGGCAAGUAUAGCUCCGAUAUCGAAUUUCGAGGUGAUGCUUUCCUGUCUGUCAUCGAAUUUUCAGGCACGUCAGACCACAUAUCGUGAUCCGAAAACCGGUUUUGUGGUGUUCACAGAAUUGGCACAUUUGGAGCGAGGUGAAUGUUGCGGAAAUCGAUGCCGUCAUGUAAAUUUUUGGAUUAUCUCCGUCCCUACAUAUGCACGACAAUCACCAGUAUGGAGAAUCUAG